CUUGACGUUACUUUUUGAUGAUGCCGUAUUUUGGUGUGAAUGUUUUUCUGCGAUUUUAAUUAAUUUCAUUACACUGCAGUUUCAUCAUGAACCCUCAAACUAAUUCAACGGCCUUAUCUGCCGACCUGAACAGUUUUAUUUAUGGCGUAUCACGUAGAAACUCUCAGAAUGCACCAGAGCUCACAAAGAUCGGCAUUUCCCUUCUGAAGAACUUCCCAGCUGCUAGGGAUGCUGUGUUGGAAUUUUUUGCGAUGGUGUUCCACGAUGCGGUUAAUGUUUCUCUCAACCAGUCUGAUUAUGAGCCUGAUUUGAGCACUAACGGAUCUCUGGAAAGUGUGAGCAUGAUUGGGCCCGAGCUGUGCAGCUUGGGCCCCUCAUGGGCUCCGUUUAUUACCCCCUGGUGCAUCAACUUGAUCAUGGACAUUGCUACGAAGAAAUCAAAUGUGCCAAAUGCAACAUUACAGAGCCUUGAGACAGUCCGGACUUUACUAGAUAUGACAACACAGAACUUGACACUACUCAACUCUGAGGAGAGGGCCAAAUGCAUCGACAUGAUGUUGGGUUCCUGGGCGUGCUCCUGGGCGGUAGGCUGGGUGGGUCGCGCGGAGCCGGCGCUGGUGGCGCCGCGGGCGCUGGCUCUCGGCGUGGACGCGGCGCGCGCGGUCCUGGCGCACCUGGCGCAGCACCCGCCAGCGCUGUUGCACGUACGCGCGGCAUUGGCUGACCUGUUCCACGAGGCCAUCAAAGAGGACAGUAAAAUAGAUAAAAAACGCGAUGUGAUACCCUACCUACUGAACCUGGCGUCCAAAUCGGACAUAGUUCUGAAAGCUCUCACACAAGACAUCGCGUUAACACUAACCGACGAGGUGAUGGACCGCCUCUGCGUGAUUUGUUCGACGCAGCGCCAUACGCCAGCUUGGGAAGGCGUGGGACCAGCUUCGCUCGUCGCCUUACUGAUGCGCUGUGACGUCAGAUGUCUGUUGCUGCUGUUGAAAUAUGCACAGAAGAAUCUGUUCUGCAGGCAACUUCUAGAAUAUUUGCUCCAAAAGCUAGAAUUCGAGAGCUUGUUCCCGGACAAGCCCAUACAUCUGCUGACGAGCGCCGCGGAAGAAAUCAACAUCGUCAGGGAGAAGUUGCUGAUCGGCAACAAGUUGGAGCAGUAUUCCCUGGCUAGGAUACUGAUUUUAGUCAACUACAACCAACCUUCAGAAUUCAUCAGCACCGUCAGCUACCUCCUCCAAUACGCCCGCGACGACUCAACUCUCGCGCUACUCGUGCGCAUCAUAUCAGGCACCAUCACUAUGCACGUGCCUAACGACGGGCCUGACGUCAUCAUGGACUGGUGCGGAGCGUUGCGGUGUUUCAUAGAUAGCAAUAGACUGACAGCUACGCACAGCUCACACAUCUCUCGUCUCCGCACCCCUCCGCUCUUCUCCGCUCCGCUUUGGUGGAAAUAG